GUCAUGCGGCAUUGUGUUUGAGGAAGCGCGAGAAACUGCAUCAAACCCAGAACAUAUUCGACUUUAUAAAUCAUAUCGACAUUACCGCGGAGUUUAAUGUGGCUGCGUUUGAAACGCACGUUUUUUUAACGCCUCGAGACAAAAAAAAGCGAAGAAAGUGACCGGCGCAGAGGAUGCAGGUCAGCGGUUAUCUGUGCUCUCUCGUCGCCUGCAUUGGAUUAACCCUGUCCGCGCCGACCGGAAACCGAACUGGACUGGAGUCCGGAAACGACGUGCCGCCGCUCCUCCUGGUGUCGUUCGACGGCUUCCGCGCGGACUACCUAAAGAAAUACUCGUUUCCCAAUCUGGAGAGGCUCUUCUCCGAGGGCGUGCUCGUGCGCGAGCUGACCAAUGUGUUCACCACCAAAACCUUCCCCAAUCAUUACAGCCUGGUCACGGGGCUGUACGCGGAGAGCCACGGGAUGCUGGCCAGCGUCAUGUACGACCCGGGCUCGAAAAAGACCUUCUCCAUACAAAACGACAGCGACCCUUUCUGGUGGUACGAAGCCACUCCGAUCUGGGUGUCCGUGGAGGAGGCCGGCUACAAGGCGGCGGCCGCCAUGUGGCCGGGAACGGAUGUCGACAUUCAGAACCGCACGUUGACGUACCGGUUCAGAUACGACCCCAAGGUGACUUUCAGGGAAAGGCUGGGAAACCUCACGCGGUGGAUGACCGAGAACAAGUCGGUGAAGUUCGCCGCUCUGUAUUGGGAAGAGCCCGACCGGAGCGGACACGUUUACGGCCCGGAGAACACCGGAGAGAUGACCAGGGUUCUGAAGGAAGUGGACGAUCAUAUAGGCUUCCUGAUGGAGCAGCUCAACAAAACGGGAUUAUGGGGGAAAAUGAACGUGGUCAUCACUAGCGAUCACGGUAUGACCCAGUGUUCUGAGGAGCGUCUUAUUAAACUAGAUGAAUGCAUCACUCCGAGCAGCUAUAAGGUGGUGGAUCUCACUCCUGUGGCUGCUAUAAUACCACUGGAAGAUAAUUCGACCGUGUACAAAAACCUGUCCAGCUGUCACCGCCACAUGAAGGCGUACCUGAAGGACAGCGUCCCUGACAGGCUGCACUAUAAACACAACGCCAGGAUCCAGCCAAUCCUGUUGGUGGCGGAUGAGGGCUGGACGAUCGUCAAAAAUGGCAAACUCCCGCGCAUGGGCGAUCACGGCUACGACAACACGCUUCCCAGCAUGCACCCCUUCCUGGCCGCCCACGGGCCCGCGUUCCGCAGAGGCUACAAGAUGUCGAGCUUCAACAGCGUGGACCUCUACCCGCUCAUGUGUCACCUCGUGGGCGUCCCUCCGAUGCCCAACAACGGCAGCUUCGCUCGCGUGCGCUGCGCGCUAGUUAACGAGCAGUGCGGAGAGCUAGCGCUGGCGGUGGGCCUCGUCAUCGGGGUCCUGAUCAUCCUGACCGCCUUCACCUGUCUGUUCAAGCUGAUGAAGAACAGAGACGCCGCGUCUCCGCGUCCGUUCGCCCGCUUGGAGUUAGAAGACGACGACGCCGACGAACCGCUGCUCGAGUGAAGCGUUCAGGUACGGAGUUGAACGCAGGGCUUGAUUUAGAUGCACGCUGGAUACGUUUAAAGGACCGGUUCACCUUUUCGGUUUCAGUCGUACUGUUCCUUUAAAUGCUGGAACGGUGACAAUCAUAGUGAAAGCGUAAGGGAGUUAGUGUUAGACAGCAUGAUAAAACAUGUCCUCCGCAGUAGAGUUAUAUCGUUUUAAAAUGUGUUCUUUUAAAGGGACAGUUCACCCAAAAAUGUCAAAGCUGUAUGAAAUUCAAACAUUUUCCAGUCGCCAUUGACUUAUGCAUAGUGUGAGGAAAAAUUAGUGGCUGCUAGCAACUGUUUUAAUGAUGACAGCAUUUUUAUUUAGUGCAAACAAUAAUCAUGCCACAAUUUUGAUUUCUUCCCUCAGAAUUGGAACAAUCAAACUCGCAAAAAUGGCAAGCAUCUUUUUGCCGUGGUAUGAAAGAAAAAAAAAAAUUUGUUUUCCGCUUUUUAUCUCACAAUUCGGACUUUAAAAUCUUCAUUGUGCCCAGAGCUACUAGAUAUAAACUGAAAUUUGUGAUGUGGAAUAAAAGUCAGAAUUGCAAGGUAUAAAAUAUUUAUAAGGAAAAAGUUUUUGUCGUGGAGUAAAAAAAAAAAAACAGCUCGUUUCUGUCAUGAAAUAAAUAAAAAAAUACUGCAAUCGUGACUAUUUAUCUCGCAAUUCUGAGUGUGAGAUGUCUUGUAAUUACUAUUUAUAAGUUGCGAUUAUUAUUUGUACUUUUUGUUUUAUUUUUUAUUUUCCGUACCCUAUGUACAAAAACCAAAAAAAACGAUCUGGAUUCUCACACACACACACACACACACGCAAGCGUGCUCUCUUCUCGUUUACCAGAAUGGUUAAAUCAUGCUACUUCCAAGUAAUGCUUCUCAGCGUUAUCAUAUGCGUAUAAAUAUCGCUUUAUAUCUAUGCAUACGUGUAUGCUUCGUGUUUCUUAAGCUGCUGUGUUUCCCCGAAAGUCCAAGUAGGUCUUCGGUUGCAUCGAAACAAUGGUUUCUACUUAGUUUUGCGAUACUUUUAGGAAAUGCAGGAUAAAAAAAAAAAAAGCGCAUAAUAGCAUAAGCAAUAAUAAUUAGUACAAUUAGUACUAGCUUCUAUUCAGUGAAGAAACGGGAUGCUGAGGUUACUUGAAAAUGUCGUUGCUUGCCGUUAAACUUUAUUUAUGAAGUCAUGUUUUAUUCGGUUCUUGCCGCCAGGGAAAUGCACAAGCGGUUCAAUCUGAAUAUUUAUGUCUGAUUUGUAUUUUUCUAGAAGUCGCUAGGUCUUCGUUUCUUUGCAGAAGAGGCGCAUGUCGAUCAAAGGAGCGCUAGAGCUCGCGUUUCUUCUUGAAUCCCUACCGAGGCAUGUUUUCGUAGGGUUUGUGAGGGCUUUUUACCCGAGCCUUUCUUGUGUUGGAGAAUGUGUGAAUAAAUACACUGUACAUCUUGUGUUUCUGCUCAUUGCACUGUAAUCUGUAGGUUCAGAUUCGGGGGAAGGGAACAUGUUGCUGCUUUUAAAAUUACAUUUUAUUCAUGCUUUAAAAUGUUUGUACAACUGGGAGGUUAUUUUUCUGUUUAAUUAAUAGCAUUUGUUCUUUUUUGUUUUUUUUUUUUAAACGACAUUGCUCGUUUUACUGGGAAGUAACAAAAGUGUUUUGGACUUUAUUUAUUUUAUUUUAUUUUUUUGCUGGUUUUUGACUGUUGACUAGCAGUGGUCAAUGUUAUUUCACAUCGAUCUUGAGUUACUGAAAGGCAGGAAAUCAGCCUGGCUUGUGCGGUGUUUGGCUGUCAGAUGUUUGUGGUCGUAUUUUCACAGCUCUUUGAAUCUUCAUGAAACUAUGCAAAACAAAAACUAAAUGGAACCUUUUGUCACAUGACAUGACAUUUCUCAUCUGAAAAUCAAAUAAAAUAUAUAUUUCAGAUAUUUAAAAA